AUGACAAGUUCUCGGCAGCGGAGGGUAGACAUGUCCGCCCAGCGAUCAUCGUCGAGCAUGGACGAGUUCUUCAUUGGAAGUGACAGACGCUUGUUAAUUGCAGAAAAAUCAAAAACAGAAGAAAUCCUGCCAACGACUGACUCCAAAGAAAGUAGAAUUCAAACGAAGACAGAAGUUAAAACCAUGGAUGCUCGAAAACAAUACCUUGGAAAAAUCCCACGAUUCCUUAAUUCCUUCGAAGUGUCAAAUGAUGGCUCGGGGACCAUGGCGAAUCUUACCUUUAUGAUGUCUCGUGUCGUGCAAAGCCAACUCCCUGAGUUUGCUCCAAAGCAAAUGUACAGGGCAUUAGAAGAUAUAUUGGAAAGAACCGAAGCCACUAUGACUGUCGAGUCGUUUUUCGUUUUCCAUUUUCAGGGCGGGCCUGUCAUAAAUUGCUCUUUUGAAUGUGCGACGAUGUCCGAGUUUGGCGUCUCUAUGAUGCCUGUUGAACCACCACCAGAUGAUUUAUGCGCACUUGGUCCAGCGCCAAGCGUCAUGAAUAUCGAUUCUAUUGAUGCUGUGUCUAACUAUGACUUUGACCCCAAUGAAGCUCCUGUUAAUCUUCUUCAAGUACCAAGUGUUCUUGAUCUCGAGAGACUUGAUAAUCUAAAUGAACCGCUUGGCACAGCUCCGUCAAUUCUUAAUAUUGACACCAUUUCUGUUUAUUCCCACGAUGAGGUUCAGGCGAAUAACUCUGAACUGACUGAUUUAACGGAGAAAGAAUCAAAAGCAAAAACAACAGGCUUAAGGCAAGCUCUGGCAAGAAGUAGGCUCCGCGAGAUCGCCGCAUCGGUCGAAAUCACCGAUCAACGGUCUGCAGACUCUCUAAGAGAGCUUAGUUUUCUAUCAAUGACUGAUAAACUUGCCACGAAAAUAAUCAAUGAUGUGACAAAGAUAAUAUCGUCAAAGAAAAAGUCAAAAUUAGGUGAUAUUCUCUCAAAGCUGAAAUCUUCUCCCGCUUUUACGGCGAAAGAAGCAGAAAAACUUUUUGCAAAGUUUUUAGUUAAAGAGCUUAAUACAAAAAGGGUGAGGAUCCCAUUAGAGCAUAUUGAAGACCACGUGAGUAAUCACAAAGAUGACUUCGGCUCCGGUCUAGUUCAAGCUGUUAGAGAAGAACCUGUCAGGGUGCAAAAAUCAUCUGAAGAGCCUUAUCUUCUUGAAAAUCAAGAGGCACCGCAUUCAUCAAAAAAUUUGCCUACAGUGUUAACGAAAAAUGUCGAGGCAAGUGAGCAGAUGCUUUUUAUGCCUCAAGAAGUCGGGAUUCUAUCAAAAUCAACGAUAGAGCAUUUGGAUGCUGACGUUCGUCUCGAAAAAAUAUCACGCGCCUCUAGAGAAGAGGAAGGAAGUGUUGAACAGAACCAAGAGCAGGAACUAAACAUUCAGCCUCGCUCUAUUCUUAAAAAGAAUAAAACGACGAAUUCUGAGGAAGAUGACUCUGAUCCUGAUUGGAUAGAUGAAAAUCCCGCUGAGCGGCUUGAACUUGAAAAAGAAAACUUGAUAGGUGCACUUGAAGAAAUUGCCAGUACAUCUUCCGUUCCAAGUAUUUUGGAAGCUCUGUCAACUUUGAAAACAACCGAGGAAAUUAAAAGUGAAAUGCAAAACCUGAGUGAGCAGAAUCAAAAUACUCUCAUCAAAAUGCAGCUUUUACCAAGUGAAAUAAUGAAAAAUAUGCUUGACAAAUCAACUUGGAAAAAUGAGAACGUGAUUUUAAAAGCGCAUUUUUUUUCGCCAGAUAAAGUUCAUCUGAAAGACAAUUAUGCUCGUCAAUUAAUCGUCUCAAUUAUUCAGAGCGUCGAAAAACAAAUUUUAACAGCGAAUGACAGUUAUGCAGAACCACGGAGUCUUCCUAAACGAAAGAAAGUUUCAGAUCGUCAAACAAUCUUCUUUGACUGCUCUAAACUCUCUCUUAUGCCGUCGAGAAAAAAAAGAAAUUUUCAUCGCAGAAUGCCUGGAUUUUCUGACUGA